CUGUACGUUUGCGUCGUUGUGAAGAACGUUUAUCAGCACUCGGAAAUGUUAUUGCGUGUAAUGAUUAUGUUGCUUUAAUUCAUCCUGAUUUAGAUAAAGAAACUGAGGAAUUAUUAUCUAAUACUCUAAAUGUUGAAUGUUUUCGUCAGACAAUCGCCGAUCGUGUCCUAGUUGGAAGUUAUUCAAUAUUUACCAAUCAAGGGGGUCUUGUUCAUCCCAAAACGACGAUACAAGAACAAGAAGAAUUAUCAUCAUUAUUACAAGUACCUCUAGUAGCAGGUACGAUCAAUCGUGGAUCAGAUGUUAUCGGGGCCGGCUUAAUGGCGAAUGAUUGGAUGGCAUUUUGUGGUUUAGAUACAACGGCUCACGAAAUAAGUGUCAUUGAAAGUGUGUUCAAAUUAGGACAACAUCAUAAUUUAAGUGGUAAUAAUGCAAUAACAACAAAUAAAACUAUUAAAGAUUCAUUGGUCGAUGCAUUAACAUAA